AUGAUCCCAGUCAGAUUUCUAGUGUUGUUGCUAUUCAGUGUUUCUCUGGUUGAGUCUCAGCCCUCCCAGAGUUCACAGCAGGUGUCGAGUCCUCUUCAUCCCGCAGGAGAACAAGCUCCUCCGAGCCAAGAUAAUCUGUCCUUUCCCUGGAGCCGUCUCCGCCUGCCGAGGUACAUCGUUCCUCUUCACUACCACCUCCUCCUGCACCCCAACCUCACCACACUCCAUUUCACGGGCACUGUGCGGAUCCAGAUCGAUGUCCUAAACAAUACAAACUGGGUUGUGUUGCAUAGCAAGGGCCUCCAGAUCUCCAAAGCUACAGUUUUAGAUCAUGACCUCGCUCAUUUAUCAGACCAGGUUCUUCCAGUUCUUCAUAACCCUUCCCAUGAGCAGAUUGGUGUAUUCUCCCCCAGGGUCCUCAGCAGUGGGCAGAAGUAUUUCUUGUAUAUUGAGUUUGAGGCAGCGCUUACUGAAGGAUUCCAUGGCUUCUAUAUAAGCACCUACAGGACCAGUGAAGGGGAGGUCAGAACUUUAGCUUCUACUCACUUUGAGCCCACGAGUGCCCGAAUGGCGUUUCCAUGUUUCGAUGAGCCAAGCUUCAAAGCCAAGUUCUCUGUGCGAAUCAGGAGGAGUCCGGAGUACAUUUCUCUUUCCAACAUGCCUGCAGUCAAGAAGGUUGAAAUCAAAGACGGCCUGCUGGAGGAUGAGUUUGCUGCGAGUGUGAAAAUGAGCUCGUAUCUCGUGGCGUUUGUCAUUUGUGACUUCAAGUCUGUCAGUGCAACAACAUCAUCUGGGGUGAAGGUGUCUGUCUAUGCAGCGCCUGAGAAGUGGCUGCAGACCCACUAUGCCUUGGAGGUUGCUGUCAAAAUGUUGGACUUUUAUGAAGAGUACUUCAAUAUUCACUAUCCGUUACCCAAACAAGACCUUAUUGCCAUCCCAGACUUCCAGUCAGGAGCGAUGGAGAACUGGGGCCUGACCACCUACAGAGAGACUAGCCUUCUCUUUGAUCCCCUCACAUCCUCAGUUUCUGAUAAACUGUGGGUUACCAUGGUGAUUGGGCACGAGCUGGCCCAUCAGUGGUUUGGUAACUUGGUGACCAUGAAGUGGUGGAACGAUAUCUGGCUGAAUGAAGGAUUCGCCAGAUACAUGGAGUACAUUUCAGUGGAGGCCACUUACCCUGACCUCAGAGUGGACGAGUACCUUCUGCACACUUGUUUUGCAGCAGUCGGUCACGAUUCAUUGAACUCCUCUCGGCCUAUAUCCAGCCCCGCAGAGAACCCCACCCAGAUUGAAGAAAUGUUUGACACUGUCUCCUAUGACAAAGGAGCUUGUGUCCUGCACAUGCUGCGACACUUUCUGACAGAAGAGGUGUUUCAGCGUGGGAUAAUGCGAUAUCUUCGCAAGUACAGCUACGGAAACGCUCACAAUCAGGACCUGUGGGACAGUCUAAUCAAUACGUGCUCAGAGGAGGACUUCAUCUCAGGAAAGCACUGUUAUAGCAGCAGCCAGGCCUCCAAGAACUCUUAUCUGUUUGCAGGGGAACAUCUGGACCUUACAGCCAUGAUGAACACUUGGACUCUGCAGAAAGGUAUUCCUCUGGUAACGGUAAGGAGGAGUGGGCCUCAGCUGCAGCUUAGGCAGGACCGGUUCCUGAGGACCGUUCUUCCUUCUGAUCCUAUGUGGGCCACAGUGCAACAGGGUUUCCUCUGGCACGUCCCUCUGACGUACAAGACAGAUGCUUCCAGCACCGUCCACAGACACCUGAUGACAUCACAAAUGGACAGUAUUUACAUUGGAGAGGAUGUCAGCUGGGUGAAACUAAACUGUGAUAUGACGGGGUAUUAUGUGGUUCAUUAUGCUGAUGGUGGCUGGGAUGUGAUGACUGCGCUGCUCAGGGAAAACCACACGGCUCUGAGCUACAAGGACAGGACUCACCUGAUACACAAUGCCUUUCAGCUGGUCACGGCAGGCCAUCUUCCACUUGAUAAAGCCCUCGACCUGAUUGGUUAUCUUCAUGUGGAGAAACACACGGUCCCUCUCCUCCAAGGACUUGGAUAUCUGGAGGCCUUUUAUCACAUGAUUGAAAAAAGAGACGAGCCCAGUUUAACUCACAACCUGGGAAAGUACAUCCUGCACUUUUUUCGUGCCAUCAUCGACCAGCAGAUGUGGAGUGACAGCGGCACUGUGUCAGAGCGGCGCCUGAGGUCAGAGGUCUUGUCGCUGGCCUGUCACCUGGACUACCCUCCCUGUCUGGAGCGUGCCAAUCAACUCUUUAACAACUGGCUUCAGUCCAACGAGACAUUCAACCUGCCUACUGAUGUGGCGGAGACGGUGUUCUCAGUGGGAGCUCAGGAUGAGCAGGGAUGGAGGGCGCUUUUCCAUAUAUACAACAUUUCUCUCUCUGAAGCACAAAAACACAAGAUCCUGUUCGCUUUGACCAGCAGCAGAGACACACACAAACUGCAAAGAUUGCUGGCGCUGGGUCUGGAGGGGAAGGCGAUCCGAUCGCAAGACUUGUCCCAUCUCGUCCUGAUGGUGGCCAGGAACCCUCGUGGACAUUACCUUGCUUGGAACUUUGUCAAAAAGAACUGGGACACACUAGUUCAAAAGUUCAAUUUAGGCUCAUUUUGCAUCAGAAACAUCAUCAUUGGAACCACGAACCAGUUUUCUUCCCCAGAGGAGCUCAGUGAAGUGAAGUUAUUUUUUGACUCCAUCAGAGAACAAGCUUCUCAGCUGAGAGCAACACAGUUGGCUCUGGACAAUGUUCAGAAAAAUGUCCGCUGGGUUCAGAGAAACUUGGAAACUCUGAGGAACUGGCUGAAGGAGCACAUGAAAUGAUGACGGA